AUGGCAAACCUAAAAACCCUUCUGUGUGUCCUUGCCUCAAUAACGACGAUAGUCAAAGGCCUGGAACAAGUCGCCGUCUAUUUGGGGCCCGACUGUUCUUUUUCUCAAGACAUAGCUCUCGGUCCAUUUGAAGGCAGCCUUGGCCCAAACAACUGUCCCAUCGUUCCAUUGGAUAAAGUAGAAGGCGGAGAGCAGCCUGAUGGGACGUACCGCCUGUGGUUGUCUCCUCCUGCGUCAUUGUUCGAAAACGGGAACCAGUUGAUUGUGCGCAGUCCUGCAGCAAACGGUCAAGAUCAGUGCGGUCCGAUCAACGAUAUUAUAACAACUGUGGGAUGCUAUGAGAUAAAUACCGCCGCGAAUAUUGUCUUGCAACUGUGCGUGGAUCCAGAGAACUGCGGUGCGUCUUCGUGA